CGCCUUUCCUCUUUAUUCUCUUUCGGAAGUCAUUCGUCGAUGGAAGAGAUUUUCCGCGGAGAUCUGUAACUGUAUUUUGAAGAGAAGCUUAGAGAAACAAAUAAUUCCUGCUUUUAACUUCUUGAAAGACUUAGUCAAGUCUGAUGAGACGACCAUUGCAGCAAUUAGACGCUGUCCACGUAUUCUCCUUUACCGUAUUGACAGCUAUUGGGUAGAUAAUGUUAGAAUCAUGAGAGAAUAUGGUGUGUCAGAAUCAUGUAUUGUGACAUUAGUUCGUUACCAGCCUAGAACAUUUAUGAUGAUUCCUGAUGCGUUUAAGAAGAUUGUCGACGAAGUUAAGAGGAUGGGGUUUGAUCCUUCAAAGUUGAAGUUUGGGUUGGCAGUCUUUGCAUUCAGGGCAAUGAGCAGAUCGACAUGGGACAAAAAGGUGGAUGUUUAUAAGAAAUGGGGUUUGUCUGAGGAAGAGGUUUUUGAAGCAUUUGGGAGGACUCCAUGGUUUAUGAUGGCAUCUGAGAAUAAGAUUAUGGCAAUGAUGGAUUUUUUUGUCAAUAAAAUGGGUUGGGAGUAUUCAUUUAUUGUCAAACGCCCAGCACUUAUUACAUUGAGCCUAAAGAGAAUUGUUCCAAGGGGCACUCUUUUUCAGUUUCUGUUGUCAAAAGGUUUGUUAAAGGAAAACCUUUACAUUCCUAGCUUUUUUGAGGCUCCAGAGAAGUUGUUCCGGAAGAAGUUUGUGGACUGUUUUAUAGAGGAAGCUCCUGAGGUGUUGAAGCUGUAUCCAUCGAACUUCUCUAGUUAACUACCAAGUGAGCUGUAAGCAUAGUUUAGAGUGGUGCAAUCGUAGAAUCCAAACAUUAUGACUUGUCUUUUAUUUUAUUUUAGAUGUUCUGUAGUUUGAUCCACAGCACACAGCACAGCCAAAUUUCUGUUUAAUUAGUCAAUGGUGGUUUCAUGUUUUUCCUGCAAUUGACUUGAACUGCUACUCAUGACCAUUUUCUACUGCUAUCGUAGUUUGUCUUGUUUCA